CCGACAGUCCAACAUCCAUCUUCGUCAUCGCACGUUCUUGAGUAGCUGAUCGACUGGGCCAUUUCCCAGUCUUUGUGACGAGUGAGCCGGCGACUCCUGGCACUAGCGAGACUCAGCCAACAUCAUCACCACGAACAUCCCAGGCUGCGUUCUCAAGAGUACAUAGUCGUCUCUUUUCCUGUUUCUACUCACUGUCACCAUCUUCGCCCUUCUCCCUGCGUCGACCCAUUGCUCUUCCUUCGCUCUUCCUUUACCUACGAACGGUCCUUUCCCUUCCAAAUACCUACGUUUUCGGACCGCGACAAUGGGCAAGCUUCUCGGCGCUGCCCUAGGCGCAGCAACUCUCCUCGCCUCCAUUGCGCCAGCCGUAGGAAGUGCCACUCCAGGUGUUGUAGGCUUCAAUUUUGAGAAGCGUCGGAUAAAUGCUCAAGAGGCGCCUCAUCUUGCCCGACGACAGUCCAACACCGUCACAGCUGCCCUGACCAACGAAAUUCUCCUGUACUUCAUCAAUGUUACCGUGGGUACGCCCGGUCAGCCUUUCUCUCUACAGCUCGAUACCGGCUCCUCAGACAUCUGGUUCCCAGCAAUAAACGCAGAUAUUUGCGAACAAGGCAUUGAGACAUAUUGUCCCUUUGGUGUGUACGACUAUUCCAAGUCCUCGACCUACAAAGACCCCGGCCUGCCCGAGUUUCAAAUCCAAUAUGUCGAUGGUACCCAGAUCUCCGGUGCCUACCUCUCCGAUGUUCUCAAUAUUGGCUCGACCAAGCUUACAAAUAUGACCAUGGCGGCGGCCUUGCAGGCCAAUACUAGAGGCAUUGGCAUUAUGGGUAUUGGCUUUGACUCCGGUGAAUCGGCCGCUGUGCAAGGAGAGUUCACAUACCCCAAUGUUAUCAGUGUCUUGAAGAAUCAAGGCCACAUCAAUACCCUCUCAUACUCCUUGUGGUUGGAUGACCUGAAAUCUAACACCGGGUCUAUCCUUUUCGGCGGAGUUGACAGCAGCAAAUAUCAUGGUGACAUCAUCGCUCUUCCAAUUCAACCAGACUCCCAGACUGGAAACCUUACAUCUUUCACCGUUGCCUGGACCGGCUUGACCGUCAGUGGUAGUGGCCAGACAUCUGACAUGUCUCCAAGCACCCCUCAGCCUGCUAUCUUAGAUUCUGGGACCACAAACACCUACCUACCCGACGAAAUCGCCACCAACAUCUUCAACGGUGUCGGUGCGCUGACAGACACGCAGUAUGGAAACGUGGUGCCCUGUAAGCUUGGCGACGAUGACUUGACGUUCUCGUUCACUUUCGGUGGCAAGGGCGGUGCUGUCGUCAAUGUCAGCCUUUCGGAAUUCGUCACACCCCUUCCUGAAGAGAUCACUUUCAAGAACGGCGACGAGGCAUGCAUGUUUGCCAUCAAUGCCGCCGGCGACUCGCCCAUCUUGUUCGGUGACUCGUUCCUCCGAAGCGCAUACGUCGUUUACGAUCUCGAGAACAAGGAAAUCGGCAUCGCUCAGACCAACUUUAACGCUGGCAAGGCUAACGUUGAAGCUUUCCAAUCCAGCAGCGGUAUCCCCGACGCCGUUUCGACCGCGAGUGCUGCAAGUGUAGUGAACACCAUCACAGGUAUCCCUCACGAGACGAUUGCUUCUGCUACUGGCACUGGUGGCAUCACGGGUCCAAGCAGUAGAUCUGCCACGUUCAACCUCCAGCCAACAUCGGGCGCCAGUGGCACUGGCUCGGGUGGAAGUGGUUCAAGCGGCGGUAGCAGCAGUACUAGCAACGCAGCCAACGCCAACCUGCGUGCUUCGCCGAUUGAAGCUGCUAGUGUUGUGUCUUUUGUUGUCGUUGCUCUUGGCUUCGUGUUUGGUGGUGGAUUGAUGCUCCUCUAGCCUUGGGUAUUGGGUGUGGUUUAAGUUGGUGAUACGACAAUGAGGCGAUCUUGAGCGUGUUACACGCACACAAAUCUUCCAGCGUGGGCUUCUUGGAUGUCUCGCAGAACUAGCAUGCAUGGUUGAGGUUGGUUGUGCUCCUUGGCCCCUUUUUCGUCUAACGUUUCUUCUUUGAAGUUAAAGAAAGCUGGGCGAGGGGUUCAGGUAGUCAUUGCUGGCCGCAUUCCUCUGUAUGUGUGCAUAAUGAAGUUCGGUGGGAGGCUUACAGGCAUAUGGGCUGGAUGGGACUGGAAAUCAUUUGAAUGAUUGGUUGUAUUUUAACACGACGAGUAUGAUGGGCUUUAUUUUAGUAGAAUACAAGACAAAAGACAUGAAGAAAUACCCCGA